AUGACGCUCAAUUAUAAUGCACAUCGAAGUGAAAUUGAGGCUGCCUAUAAGAGGGCAACCGAGUCAUCCGAUGGAGAUAAAUGGGUGAUUUUUGAUUAUGAGGGAAACUCGAACACGUUGAAAGUCGGCGAGCAAGGAACUGGCGGACUUUCUGAAUUUGCUGAAAGCUUCAGUUCUGGGCGACUUCAAUUUGGUGUGAUUGCUGUACGAUUAAGUAGUGAUGUCCUACCUAAAAUUGUUCUUGUUCAUUGGCAAGGAGAAGGCGUUCAAACUUUACGAUUGGCCUCAACAACGUCGCACGCCGAAGAAUUUCGGAGAUUCUUGAAAACCGUUCAUAUAAUUCUUCACGCUCGUAGUGAAAUUGAUAUUGAACCUGAUGCGAUUCGAAAAGAAGUCUCGAAAUUGCCGUCGACAAAUACGAAUGCAAAUGCGGAAUCUUCAUAUUCCAUUCCGGAAAAACUUGAAUCGUCGUAUAAACCAACAAAACCUCAUAUUGAACUUAAUCCGAACGCUAGAGAUGAGUUUUGGAAUAAAAUGAAUGAGGAGGAAAAGCGACGAAUGGCUGAAGAGAAAAAAGCUCGAGAAGAGGCCCAAAGACAAUACGAAGCUGAUAGGCAACGAAUCGCUAGUGAGAUUCACACGAAAGCUGAAAACUAUCAGCCUGAGAAGGUCACUUCGGUCUACAAACCGGUCAGACCGCAUGUUGAGCUCAGUGGAAAGGCGAGAGAUGAAUUCUGGAGUAAGAUGAAUGAAGAAGAAAAGAAGCGGCAGGAAGAGGAAAGGAAGGCUCGUGAAGAGCAACAGAAGCAAUUUGAGGCUGAUAGACAAAGGAUUGCGGAUGAAAUUCAUUCGAAAGCUGAAAAUUAUCAGCCUGAUCGUGUUACUUCUGUGUACAAGCCGGUCAAACCGCAUGUUGAAUUGAAUACGUCGGCUCGAGAAGAAUUCUGGAACAAAAUGAACGAGGAAGAAAAGCGUCGUGUUGCUGAGGAGAAGUCGGUUAAUGAAAUGAAACAGAAGCAAUUCGAAGAAGAUCGCAAACGGAUUGCCGAUGAUAUUCACGCUAAGCUGCAAAUUCAGGAGAAGGCGUCUAGUAACGGAGUGGACAAGACGUCGUCGAAUACUGUUGUUCUAAUCUCAGCAGGAUUGGUUGGAAGUCGAAAAGAAAUGUUCAAGAAUACGAGUCCGCAAUCAGUUCCAUUACCGAAGCCAAUAAGUACUGGCGCAAAGAAGUGGCCACCGGUUUCCACUACACCAUCCAAUAGUGCACCACCACCACCACAACCAGAGCCGGUAAUACAAGACAGUGAGCCUGAGAAGCCAUGGUCUGUCAAAGAAGAGCCGAAACAUGUUUAUGUACCUGAGCCACUUCUUCCUAAUCCGACACCGGUGUACACGGCUUAUGAAGAACCUCCGGUAGAUACUGCUCCGACAUCAACAUUCUCGCCACCGGAUCCUUCUCCACCACCACCAGCUCCUGUUACUGUCGCAUCGUCUCCACCUGCUCCGUCUCCGUCGGCUUACAUUCAGCCUUCAUAUGGUUCUCAAUAUGAUGUUGUGCCUGAGUACACCCCAGAGCCCGAGCCAGUCAAAACGGCGCUCUCUAAUAUUUCUGAGCCCCCGGCAUACAUCAGCUCACAAUACGAUAUUCCGCCAGAAAUUCAAGAAGAGCCGAAAGCUCCACAAAUCGAUCAAUACGACUUUCCACCAGCUGUUGAAGCAACGGGUCUCACCGCGAAAGCAUUAUGGGAUUAUCAGGCCGCGGACGAUACAGAAAUCUCAUUCGAUCCUGAUGACAUUAUUGAAGAAAUUGAGCAGGUUGAUGCCGGAUGGUGGAAAGGAAAAGCUCAUGGAAGAGUGGGAUUGUUCCCAGCAAACUACGUUGUUCUAUUGUAA